AUUCAUUAUUUUUUUCUUUUUGAGUGUACAACAACUUUAGGCACUCAGACUACGUUGGUGAAACUUGGCGAUAACUGCUUAUUCGUUUGGAAUAUACGUGUCUUUGUGGAAAAUAAGAAUCCAAGAGUAAAAGGGAGACCAGGCCUUUCAACGGUCUCAACCGUCUUUAGUAAAAAAAACUUAUAUAAGACAGACGUGGAAAAAAGUUGGAAGCGACAACGGGUGGAUCACCGCCACUCCUAAAACACUGCAAAGCGGAAAACUGCCAAACGUUCGCGUUCCUCGUUUUUUGGGCUUUGAGCAGAAGCAUGGCUAAAAAAUAUGAUUUUCUUUUCAAGCUUUUACUCAUCGGCGACAGUGGCGUCGGGAAGACCUGUCUUAUUAUCAGGUUUGCAGAAGACAAUUUCAACAGCACAUACAUCUCAACCAUUGGGAUUGAUUUUAAAGUAAAGACGGUGGAAGUUGAUGGUAAAAAGAUUAAACUCCAAGUUUGGGACACUGCUGGUCAAGAACGAUUUAAGACCAUCACUACUGCCUAUUACCGUGGUGCAAUGGGUAUUAUUUUGGUAUAUGACAUUACAGAUGAGAAGUCCUUUGAAAAUAUUCAGAACUGGAUGAAGAGUAUUAAAGAGAAUGCCUCUGCGGGUGUAAAUCAGAUGCUUUUGGGGAAUAAAUGUGAUAUUGAGAACAGAAGAAAAGUUUCAAAGGAGGCAGGGGAAAAGCUCGCAAAGGAUCAUGGCAUUCGUUUUUUUGAAACAAGUGCCAAAUCAAGUUUAAAUGUUGAAGAGGCCUUUCUGGGACUAGCACGAGACAUUCUUCAAAAAAAUGAGAAGAAGGCUCCUGUGAACAGAGAUAUGAAACUGGAUACAUCAGAGAAGAAGGCUUCAAAGUGUUCACUAAUCUAAUGAAGACAGAGGGAAUAAAAAAUGAUGUAGUGCUCGAUUGGAGCUGUCAAAGAUUUGGACCAAUCAUGAUGAGUGUGAAUGACUCCCUGACCUUCAGAUACUUUUAAUAAUGAUGAAAACAAGAAUAGCAAGAACAGCCACAAUUCUCAAGUACUGGAGGAAAUAGUUAUACCUGUAUCUUUCUUAGACUUUCUAACACUUAAUGUUCAAUAUAAGACUGCAACAGCUUUUUAAGAUAUUUGUCUUGUGUAUACCUGUUAUACAGGGCAGAUAUCAUUCCCAGUUCUAAUUUUCAAUACUCAGCUUUGCUUAUUUCUCCUUGGCAUUGCAGCCAGUCUCAUAACUUGUUUAUUACCUCAUUACAGGGUGCCAAUAUUGAAGUGGAAAUUGGAUAGGAGUUUCUUGACUCCAGGUGCUUACUGUGUGCUAACUACACAGAUGUACAGUAGAGUACAUUAAGUUUUUGUCCAUUUUAAAGAAAAUUGUAUUUUUUUCCUCUUACAAUAAGUUCCAGAAGUGAUUGUAACAACAGUUAAUGUUUCAUGCAUGUGCCUUUUGGUCAGAUGACAAAUACAAACCCAUUUUUUUUCUUCUUUGUUUUUUUCCAUAACAUAAUGUAUUGGACAGAAGACCUUAACCCACCAAUGCAUUUUAUUUAAGGGUCGAUUGGGCCAAAAGUAUUAAUGGACACUCCCUGUCAAUCUCUGAGAAAAUCAACUUAAUUCUGAUAUGCUAGAUACAUGUAGAAAAAAAUGUUUGCAUUUUUAUUCUUGACACGCAGCAGAAGAUUUAGGGUUUGGAAAUGUAAGCAAGUUGAAAUGUUCUGUAGACCAAAACAAAUAAUAUUUCUUGACACGUCUAGGACAGAAGGAAUGGCAUGUAGUACAUCUGGAGGAGACUGGAGAGAAAGUAUGAGCUGUCAUUAAGAGAAAUAUAUGAUGUUGGCGGCUAUGAAUUACUAAGAUACGUGGAGUUUUGGAUGCAUUUAUGAAGGUGUAUGAAGGUAUAGCAGUUUGGGACAAUUGAAAUAAAAUUGGUUUUUUUGCUUACACGGGAGUCUGAUGUGAGUGAACUUUUGUGUUGAUGCUUUGAGGCUGAGAACAGCAGUAUACAUGCUUUCUGCUACAAUAUUCAUAGUCUAAUUAUAACUCCUGCUACUUUGAAUUCUAUAGUGGUAACAAAAAUAUUAUCUAUACAAAAACAUUCAUUACUUUUUACUUAGGUGUUAUUUUUUAAGUUGUAACCUGUCUAGGACAUUUUGAACUGAGUCAGUGAGUUCUUGGGAGUCUCAGACCUAUGUAUGUUUUUGACAUGCUGCCUGAGGUUUCCUCUACAUUGGCAAUGUGCAGAGCUAGGAUGAAGUGUCAAUGGAUUAGAUAAGUUUGUUCGUCAGUGCCAGUCUCACUUCUUUUGGUGCAUGGCCUGAGGCCCACCAAAAAAUAAAACAGCAAAUGUAAAAUUUCAUGGCCUUUUGUUUCUGUUUCAAAAUUGAUGUUUGUUGUAAGUCAUAAUCAUUCAUAGGUGUGUAUAAAUCCAACCUUUACUUAUACACAGUGCAGCCAUCCAGACUUGAGGUGAAGUAAUAUUUACAAACUACGAAUAUCUGUCAAUGUAGUUUUAUUUAGUACUCUUAAGCUGACAAGGAUGUGUAUGUGAUUGAAAUUACUAAACUCUCUGUCCUUGAAUAAAAAUGCAAACUUUCUAUGUUUUGUUUUGAAUUGAUUUCCAAGAGCUACUAUUUCUCAUGAACUGACAAGUACUCCUUCUGCGGUUAUUUGCUGAGAUGUAAUGCAGUUCCAUCUGUAAUAUAGAAAUGUACACUUUGAGCCAUUAGCUCUGCCACUAGCUUCAAGUAUCAUUCCUGACAUCCCUUGCAUAAUUUAGGUAACUUCAUGAUGUUUGACUACUUCAGUGGAAAACCUUACUAUUUACUGUAUUUCAGUUUUUCCUCUUGGUUUUCAUCCUUGGAGCUGCUAUUGUUACAGUAUAUUUAAAAAUCAGAAAAAGGCAAUAAAUGAUGCAAGUUCAAUGUUGCAGAGUUACUUUGGGUUAGCUGUGAAGGGGUAUUUUAACAAGCCACUAACUUUUGACAUAAAGGGAUUGUUUCUACUGUGCCUAAUGUUACAGUGUUCAUUUAAGGUAAUCUCUGAGAGACCUUUGGAGACCAUACCUGAAGACUCCUGCAAGUACUCUAUUUAGUAAUUUCAUAACUGCUUUGUUCUAAAAAUAUAAGUCAGCACUGCUUCAUUUUGUUGUACAGCAAAUGGUUUCUAUCAGACACUUCAGGAAACUUCAAAUGUACUGUAAGGCAAAAUCAAUUAUCUUUUUUUUUAAUUAUGUCAUAUAUCAAAGAAGUGCCCAAAAUACAGUUUUGAAAAGCAGCAUAUAUUAAUAGUGUACCUGAUUUAGAUGGUAUAUUUACAGUCUCUGUAAAUUUGUCAGCAUUAGCAUAGAGUGCAGAAAUAAAAGAAAUGUACAGUCACCUUGUCCAAAGAUUUAGAGUGUUAUCUAGAAAGUGCAGAUAACCAGUAAGGUGUGUGUAUUUUCUUUGAUGUUUAAACUUCUGCAGGUCAGUAUGAAGAUUUGCCAAGUGCAACAGUAAGCUCUAAUGCACAAGUUUCAUUUUUUGAUGUAUUUCUAUGUUCUGUCCUGCUUUGUACUAUAAAGGCAUUAUGUCUUAUGUGACCUGAGUGAUAAGUAAAUGGAAAGCAAUUAAAACUUUUAUUUACAAAAAU